UCAGAUUUAUGUUUCACAUAAGAAAUACAAUAAGUUAGCAAAUGCAAACACGAUUAAAAAUAGCUAUAUUUUUGUUGAAAUACUGAAUAUCAUUACUAUAAUACCAUACUAUCUAUGUAUAAAGCUGUUUAUUUAUGUAUUUAUUAACUUGCUGUGUAGUAGCAUGAAACGGUGAGGGCGACAUCUUAAUCUGGCGUCAGACUCCAUCUGUUUCCUCACAUGUAAUCCGGUCAGGGCUUGGGAGACUCCAGUUAAUCUCCAGCAUGCCUGUGUUUUACACACCCGUCCCUCAGAACCUCAGAGUGGGCCUGGCCAACGUCAGCGGAUCCGUCUUUAUUAAUAACAGAACGCGAGACAGCGGACACUUCAGGGACCCUUAUCAGGAUCAUGAAGUGUGCGCCGAGGUCUCGUCUCAUCUCCCGCUGCAGAUGCUGCUCUACUUCAACAUCUUCUUCUUCCCCUUCUGGUGGAUCUCUGAGGUGCUGAUGCUGCUUUUAAAGUUCUGUUAUCUGCCGUUGUAUUACAAGUGUCUGCUGGUGACGGGGAUCGUCCUGAUCAGCGCAUUCGAGGGGUUGAGGAUGUAUCUCGGUUAUGCUGGGAAUCUCAAAGAGAAGGUUCCAGAGUUGGCUGGAUUUUGGUUGAUCUCGUUGCUCUUCCAGCUGCCUAUCCUCCUCUUCUUCAUCAGCGAUGAAGACACCAUCAUUCUCCCUCUGGAGAGGGCCGUUCACUCUCUUUAUCUGGGCUUCCUGCUGGGCGAGCUGCUGGCCUCGUUUCUGGCCCUGCGGGUCAUGACUCGUAAACUGGCCCAGCGGUUUCACAUGAGACAGUUCGGCCUGGUGCAGGGCCUUCACGCAGCAGAAGCGCUGCCCGUGUUUGGACUGCCGUACGGAGGCAGGAGCGUGCUGCCGGUGAGGGACAUUCAGCCACACUGACAGACCAAGAUCUGGUCUCCCACCGCUGUGACCUUUGACGAUAACUGCAGUUUUCAUAAUGCAAGUAUGUUAUAAUGAAGGUUGAUCGAUAUGAA